UGUAACUUCUUAUUCAAGUUAAUGGAAAGUAUCCUUGUCUGCGUAUCAGAAUAUAUAUUUUUAAGGGUUUAAGCCCUCUUUCCUCGUGAGUUUUGUCCUCACCUCCACCUCUCCCUCCUAUGACUAGCGACGGGAGAUCCAUGGAUUUGCUCAGACUUUUCACCAACGUGAGUAACAGAGGCGGUUUUAAAGCCGUUUCUGAGAAAGCUGCAUGGGGUGAAGUUGGUGACGAGUUUGGAUUAGGGUUUGAUGACUCUGUAUCUGCGAAAUCCAUCUAUGUCAAGUAUCUCGCAGCACUUGCUCGAUGGUUGAACAGAGAUACUAGCGCGGGGUUGCCUGGAGUCUCGUAUGAUCUGAUUGGUAGGCUUAGAGACUUUGUAUCUCAAGUGAAGAGCAAGUACGAGUUGAGGAAAGUAGGAGCAGAGUUCAAAUGGUUUUUAUGGGAAACAAAGAAUCUUGAGAAAGUUGAUUCUGGUGACAACAACGAGGAUCGUUCUUCGCCUGGGAAGAGGAAACGGGAUUGUUCUGUGGAGACACUGAAAUGGUUAAGUGAGGCUGCCAAGGAUCCAUGUGACAUAUCUGUUUGUUCUUUGCCGGAUAGAUCAAAGUGGGAUUCUUAUGGAAGUGACGAGCCAUGGAAACAGCUUCUUCUGUUUAGGGCUUCAAGAACAAACACUGAUUCACCUUGUCAGAAGAUUUGGCGGAAAACCAAGAAGAUGCAUCCAUCUCUGUAUCAGGAUAGUGCUGGGACUAGCUACAAUCUUAGAGAGAAACUCAGUAGUCAGUUUAAUGAGAGGAAAGCUGGGGAGGAUGAAUCAUGUGGUCUAGUUGGUUCAGAGUGGUUUGACACUCUGAUGCGGCCACUUAACAAAGAACAAAACAAUAAUAACCGUCUUACUGAAAGUGAUCGUAUUGGAAAUGCUGACAUCAAUAAAAUGCUCACAAUGCUCGUCUCGGCUAUGGGAGAGUGUGCACUCUCGAUCCUUAAAGAACCAGCAGAGCCGCAGCGUUUUCUCGAUAAGGAUUCACUGCAUGACUUCUGCAUCUCAACACUGAAGAUCACUUCCUGCCUAGUUGAGGAUGUAAUUGCUAGUCCAUGGAUUUCACCUCCAGAGCUCAUACAUCUAUGUGCUUCAUUUCCUGUAACUGGUGACAAUAUAAAGCAUUCUGAAAAGGUUUCCAUGGCGUUCAAAUUAUGUAUUAGAACCAUGUGGAAUUGUGUUAGACUCCUGUGUCCGAAAUUUGUAAAUGUCGAGCUUAACUCAUCCGAGGACACAAAAGUAGUUAUUGAUUUUGUGAGCGAGUCAUGUCACAAAUCUGCAUACUAUCUAGAUGUUCUCGAGAAAAAUGGGGAGCUAGAAAUUGGGGAGCUUGUUUUGUUUAUUGUAGAAAAUUGGUCUGAAGCUAAAAAACUCAUCAAAAGUUUACCACACCUUACACCAAUAAUACAACAGUGGGUUAAGAUACAACACGAGCGUCAUAAGAGUCCUGAUCUGGCUGACUCAUGUACACUCUUUCACUCCUUACUGUCAUCUUCUCAGAAGAUUUCGAAAAUAGUGACUGUAAAUAUCUUGGAGCAGGAGAUUCUUGCUUAUGAGGAGUUCGUUCCUGUGUGCUCCAAAUUAUGUCGCGCAAAUCAGAUAAAAAUUGCUGAUAUCCUUUUGGAUGAUGUUUUCAUCACAAAAGAUCUAUUCUUUGAGAGAGCAAAAGUUUUAACAUGGAAAGCAAGGAUUGCUAGAGCUGAACUAGAGCGUGUUGAGCAAGAGUGUGUUGAAAAAGUGCGGGUUGAACAAGAGUUAAAAGCGCGUGUUGAACAAGCGCGUGAUGAAAAAGCGCGUGCUGAAGAAGAGUGUGUUCGUCAUUUAUCAGAAAGAAUAUCUAAUUUGGAAAGCAUAUUUAAUGAGAGCCAUGAGACUUGUUUCCAACUAAUUAUUGCAUAUUUCUUAAGAGCGUUAUGCUUCCAAGAAACUAAACCAGCGUCCAAGGAAGUUUUCGAAGACAUUAACAAAUCUUUGAAUCUAUGGGUUGGGAUUCAGUCAGGUGACACUAUUCCCCUGGAAAACGUGAUUCCUCUACUGUUCAAUGUAAUUGAUUUGGUCUCAAUAAAGGGUUGGAUAGAGCUCCAUCAACGCAUAUACGACUUGAUGUUUAGAAUCAUCAAAGGGAGAAAUGUCAGAUUGAAGGAUGCUUUGGCAAUGUUGUGGGAUUGUAGAAGGCUAAGUCAUGCGUUAUGUCUUUCUCCAAUAGAUGAUGCUGUCAUCAGGGGAUUAUCAUGCUACUUUGGUGAAAUAUCAGAGUCAACAGAUUUCUGGAAAAGUUGCUUGCAGUUUUCAAAAGCAAAAUCAAUUGGGUUCAAGCUGAACAUACAUGAAUCAGACAUCACAAUAGAUGAGAUUAAACACACAGCUUCCGAACUAGACACAACUUCCAAACCAGUCUCAAGUGAUCUAUGUUUCUCGUCUUUUGUUGCUGCAUCUCUGUAUUAUGAUCUCAGUGAAAGAGAACUGUCAUGUGGUAAUUUAUACAAGGCUCUCUCUUAUGCUAGGGAAGCACUCCGGAUUCGAGGUUUUCUUCUUGAAAAAUGGUUUAGAUAUCAACUGAAGAGCGAACCUGAAUACCAAACCAGUGCAGUAGAAAUAAUGACUUACGUUUUUAAUAAAUUUGAAGUUUCAAGUCUUAAAGCUACUGAUUCAUGGCCAUGUGAAACUUUUCUCUGGGAUGUUAGCCGCUGCUACUUAAGCCCUUGGAUUUUGCUCCAAUGUUAUUUGGAAAGCUAUCUACAGAUUGGUGUUAUUUAUGAGCUUAUGGGGGAAAUAGAUAAGGCUGGACGCUUUCUAUCUUGGGGAAAAGCCAUUUCAUGUAUGCAGAGUCUACAACCUUUUGUCGUUGCAUUUUCUCUUGCUUUGGGGAAUGUCUACAAUAAAAUGCAGUGUUGGGAUUUAGCAGAAAAGGAGCUCCACAAUGCGAAAAAGCUGCUAACAGAUAGUCAAAGAGAUUUUACUUGCCGAAACUGCAAGCUGAUGUUAGAGGUUACGUUGGAUAAGCAAUUUGGAGACGUGUCUCAAAGCCAAUCUGAGAGGCUGUAUAGUGCCGCCUUACAAAAAAUAUGCUGCCCAGCUUGGAAAGGAUGCAUUAGUCAAACAGCCGAAGUAGAGAAACCAAGAGACUCGAAAAGGAGGCGUGGAGGAGGUGCUAUGAUUGUACAUGCUUGCGGAAUGAAGGAGCAGCCUAGUUUAAGGUUGACUCGCUCAAUGAGCCGAUCACUUGAAGAACGACCUCAAAAUUUUCCUGCUGAGAAGUGUAGAUUCAUUGAUGAAUCUGAUAUCUCUGAUGCAAAGGGGUUGAUGCGGGGCACUAAAAACACAAUCUGCGUUUGCAUCAAUAGAAUAAGUCAGCAGCCGAAUGACUUUAUAAGUUUGAAAUGGCAAUUUUACCAAAGGAGGCUUGCGUGCACGGUUCUUGUCAGCCUUGGAAAACGGUUGGCUAAAUCUGGAAAGGUUCAUCAAGCACAUGGAGCAAUUUUGCAUAGCGUCGCUGCUUUAUAUAACAGUACCGUAUCCAUCCUCAGCUCACCUUCUUCUCGCAGUCCAUUGCUGGAUUUUAUUGGGAAGGAAAUCAAAGGAGAUGUAUUUGGUCUUGAUCGUGCAAGAAUAUUAUACAACUUGUGCAAGUUGAGUCUUCAAAGUUGCCACUCCAGGUCUGUUUUAUGUGAUUUAUCACAUAUUCCAUAUCAGACGCUGGUUUCAUUGCUAACGUUGGCCUUUGUACUUAGUAGAGAGGUUCCGAUACUCUGUCAAAAGAUUUCAAGGUUGCUUGCUGUGUUAUACCUGGUAUCUCCUUUACAGUCUGAGUUCUCAUUUUCCUCUGACGGAGAGCUUUCUUUAAGUCAUUGGGUUACGUAUUAUCAUCAAGCCUCUCUUGGUGGUAAUAUCAACUACAACUUCUUGUCAAAAUUUAUCAACUCAGAUAAAGAGGCUUCUGAAGAAUUCGAUUUUCUCAGGCUUGCUCCCAAAAGCACCGACGGUCUUUCUAAGUUUGCAAAAAACUUUUUCAAUGGUCUACCAGAAACGACAGCCAUCUGCAUUAGCGUGCUUGGAGGCAAACUGAGUAAAUUGUUGCAGGAGUUAACGAAAAGUCUCGAUGUUUGUGGGUGGCUGCUCUUGUCACGGUUGAGCUCAAAGAGUCAGCAGCCUUUAGCUGUACUUCUGCCAAUUUAUUCUCCACUUAGAGAAGGUGGGAUUGAAAAGACGAGUAAACGAUGGGAUUUUCCAUGGGGUUCCACAGUGGUGGAUGUUGUCGCCCCAGCAUUUGGAUUAAUAUUGGAAAACUACAUAAUUGAUUCUGGUUGUCCUAAGAAGAGAAAGAAACUUGAACUUUGUCUUGCUAAAUUGCUAAGAAACCUUGAAGACACCUGGUUGGGUCCCUGGAGGCAUCUGCUUUUGGGAGAGUCUUCAAAUAGUAAAUUGCAUGAGUUGGUUAAAGAGCUAAAGGACAAAUGUAAUAUGGAAGUAAAGGAGAUACUUCUAAAGGUUUUCCUUGGAAAUGACACAGCCGACGGCGACGCAUGGAUAUCUCAGCUUUGUUCAGAGAAUGGUUGCUACAUAGGAGGUCGUCCAAGUGACCAUAUUGAUGAAGAAAAUGGAACCAGUAUAUCUGAUGACCUUCAAAUUAGGUACCGGCUAGCCUUACAACUGAUACGGGACGCAGGGAUCAAGCCAGGAGAUUAUAACGAGAAGGGAGAACCGAUCAUUCUUGUGUUGGAUCAUGAGAUUCAGAUGCUUCCAUGGGAGAACAUUCCAACAUUGAAAAGACAAGAAGUAUACCGUAUGCCUUCUGUGGGUCACUACAAGAAAAAUCAGUAUUAAUAGCACACGAAAAACGCUAUCAUAGGGUUUUGGUAGCGUUUUUGUAAACGCUCUGACAGCCGCAGCUAUGGUAGACGCCCCCCUAUCACAGCGUUUCUCGUAUGCUACAAUAAAUAUAUGUAUUGUAGCGUUUAUUUAUUGUCACAUGUUUUGUGCUAUUAUGUAAUUUUCUAUGGCAUUUAUGUCGUGCUGUUACGUCAUUUUAUAAUAACACAUUUUCAC